UAUCCCUUUUUUCCUUCACCGAUAUCUACCAAGAAACCUCAAUACCCUCAUAUAAAUAUUUCUUUAAGCAAAAGCUUCUAAAAGUUAAAACCAAAACCAAGAAUCAAGAAAAUGGUGGGUGUUUCUUCAUCAACUAUAUUGGCAGAGAAGAUUUCUUGGUACUGUGCUUUGUUAAUGGCAAUACUGAUGAUUUUGAGUUGCUGUGAAGUUAGUGAAAGUGAAUUUGUGAUGAAAAACCAGAAUGGCUUUGUUGUAAAUAAGGGUUGUGAUGAGAUAUAUGUGGUAAGAGAAGGAGAAACAUUGCAUUCCAUUAGUGAAAAAUGUGGAGAUCCAUACAUCGUUGAAGAAAAUCCUCACAUUCAUGACCCAGAUGAUGUUUUCCCUGGCCUUGUUAUUAAGAUUACCCCUUUCAAUAAUAGGUAUUUUAAUUAAUUUUUAUUUUGUAUUUCUUUUCUUUGUAUUUUCAAUGAAAUUGUAUUUUAUUGGAAGCAAAAUUAAUUAAUCACUCGAUGUACACAUAAAUUAUACGUUGUUUUAUCAUUAGAUUUA